GUUCCCCUCAAAUGAGAGAAGAUCCUGAAGUCAGAGGACAACUUGGCGAAGUGCUGCUGCACUUUUCAAUUUUCAGUACAGAACCUGACAGAGAAUUCUGAAAUCUUGAACAUGUUUUUCCGAAUUCCUCAGAGCAGUCAGCAGGAAUAGGUGCACUGUGUGUACUGGGUCUGUGGUAGCUCUCAUGUAGGCUAUUCAGAUAAAGCUUCAGUUGGAUUUUGUUCCCAGUUUUUACCCUACAGUACUACAAUGAUAGCGUCACAGGCACACAAGUGGACGGGAUGUUUGACCUUCUAAGACCUGUGAGUCACAUUCAAAUAAGAAUGGAGCCCUGUUAUUGAUGAGUCGGAGAGAGAGAGAGAGAGAGAGAGAGAGAGAGAGAGAGAGAGAGAGAGAGAGCAGCUGUGUGAGUGUGUGAGAGAGAGAGGUGCUCAGUCCUGAAGAGAUCACACAACGACACAGAGCCUAGCUAGCGCUGCUGAGACGUAACUCAUAGGAGUAUGCAGAGUAGUAUCUAAGUUUGUCCUGAGGACAGACACCACAACUGAUCAGAAUGGGAAACACUGAUAGCCAGUACAGCAGCUUUAACGUCCCUGGGAAAUCCAAAUCCUGCUCUCUAAAGUUCUACUCCGCUAAAGAGGAGGCCCUGUCCCCCCAUAGCUGGUGGAGGGGCAGCGAGGGGAGCGGCCAGGGAUACAGAACCAGAGGCAAAGGGGGGAGGGUCUGCCUGCCCCAGCACAAGAUCACUCACAACCAGCCGUAUGGCUCUUCGAAACACUAUGAGCACCACAUCACUAAGGAGGGAAGGGAACUGGGGGGGCCCCCGGGAGCCAAGCUGAAGCCCAUCUCUCCACAGAGGUGUGGCAGAGGGGACAGUUCCCAAGUGACCAGGAAAAAUGUCUGUCAUACAGGUUACAGUUACCUGGAGAGUAGUGGGGAGAGUGUUAACGGUCUCGAGGCUAAUGGACAGCGUACCCCCGAGAGGACUUCUCCGUGUGAGCACAGGGUUCCCCUAGAGAGCCGCAGCAGCCCCAAGGUGCUUCUCUGUAAGGAUGGCAGCAUGCGUGUUGAGUUCACCAACACCAUGCGGAUGUCGCUGGAGCCCCAGGAUCUGUCAGGCCACAGCCACCCUGUGGUAGCCGCCCCCGAGCCCUCUCUGACUAGGACCAGCAAGGGCAGCUCCCUGAGCUCCGAGGGCUCCUGGUACGACUCUCCCUGGGGGAACCCCACGGAGCUCAAUGACAAUGUGUUCACCUGUAGUCAGACCGUAGCGGGGGACAACAGCAGCGGCUACACCACCUACUCCUCCACUCGCACCGAGGAGACGGGCUGCGGCUUCAACACCUUCUCGUCCGCCCACACUGAGGACAUCUCCCCGGGGUUCAACCCCAGCCUCCUCUUCCAGACUGUGGAUGGUAACGGUCAAUAUACAAGCCGAGGGUUUAACAGCAACGGGUAUAACACUUGCUCUUCGGGCCGCACUGAGGACAGUGGCAUCGGGGACUCCAUGAUCCUUCAUCCGGAGAAGAGUCCGUUUAGCCUCAUGUCCCCUCCUGUGUCCCUGUCGGACCUCUACUCUAACCCCAGCGUGGCGGCUGUGUUCCCCACUGCUCAGUUCCAGGACGUCCCCCAGCAACGGGGGUCGCUCACUUCGUUACUGACCCUGGACGCGGUCAUCCAGGAAGAGAGCUCGGGGUUGUACGACCAGCGCUACUCCUCUCACAGUCGCACGCUGCCAUGCAGGAGGGUUACUGCCACGGUGUCCACCGAGCCCUCCGCCAUCGUGGUCGGUAACAGCAGAAAGGACAACCUGAAGAGCCGCAUCAGGCGCCUCGGCGACUGGACGGGAAGUCUGAGCAGGAAGAAAAGAAGACUACAGGAGCCUUACGGUAGUGAGACCAGUGAGGGCUUUAGCAGUGGAGUGGACCAUGGGUUAGGUAACUCUAGCUCCCAGUUAACUGGUCCACUGUGGAAUCCCCUCCACACCCAGGCCUACACCCACACCCAGGGCCAACAGUGCCACAGUGACGCUCUGCGCCAGAACAUCUACGAGAACUUCAUGCAGGAGCUGGAGACAGGACGCAACAGUGGGCCGGAGAGGACUGAGCCCUCGGAGGAGGGAGAGGAGGAGGAGAUAGGAGGAGGGGGGGGAAUAGGAGAGGGAGAGCAGGGGGAGAGCAGUGGCAGUGGCUCCCUGGGUUCCCUGGAGCAGCUGGACCUGCUGUUUGAGAAGGAGCAGGGGGUGGUGCGCAGAGCCGGCUGGCUCUACUUCAAACCCAUCCUCACGCUGCACAAGGACAGGAAGCUGGAGCUGGUGGCCCGUAGGAAGUGGAGGCAGUUCUGGGUCACACUUAAAGGGUGUACCCUCCUGUUCUAUGAGACCUAUGGGAAAAGCAGCUGUCCCGAGCAGGAGCUGUCCCCGCGCUACGCCCUGCUGGCCGAGGACAGCAUUGUCCAGGCCGUCCCCGAACACCCCAAGAAGGAGAACGUCUUCUGUCUGAGCAACGCCUACGGAGAUGUCUAUCUGUUCCAGGCUGCCAAUCAAACAGACCUGGAGAACUGGGUGACGGCCAUCCACUCUGCCAGCGCCUCUCUGCUGGCUAAGAGACAGGGGAAGGAGGACACGGUGCGGUUACUGAGGAGCCAGACACGCGUCCUGCUGCAGAAGAUAGACAUGGACAGCAAGAUGAAGAAGAUGGCUGAGCUGCAGCUGUCUGUCAUCAGUGACCAAAGGAACAGGAAGGCCAUCGAGAGCCAGAUCCAGCAGUGGGAGCAGAACCUGGAGAAGUUCCACAUGGAUCUGUUCCGGAUGCGCUGCUACCUGGCCAGCCUGCAGGGCGGUGAGCUCCCUAACCCCAAGAGUCUCCUGGCCGUGGCAGGACGCCCCUCUAAGACCGCUCUGGGACGCCUGGGGAUCUUCUCUGUCUCCUCCUUUCAUGCCCUGAUCUGCACCCGUGACGAGGCGACCCUGCGGAGACGUUGCCGAUCUUUUUCCAGAGGGGCUCGGAGUAAGAGAGGCCUCUUCUCCUCCCUCAAGGGCCUGGACAGCUUGACCAAACGCAGCAAGGAGAAGAGGGAGUCCGUGUCCCAGGUUUUUGAAGGACAAAGUAUUGGAGUGCCUGCUGGGCAUAUCCCCAACCACUGCAGCUCAGAGAGAUUGGACGCUCUUGCCAAAAUGCAGUUGAUAGCACCACCUGAAGGCAACCCUUGGUACAGCAGUUUGGAAACUCCCGUUUGUGUGAAUAUGCCUGACAGCCAAAGCAUUACUCUGCACAUCAAACCCGAUUUCCUCGUAUCGGACUUGCUAUCUUUGGCCUGUAAGGAGCGUCACCUGGACCCGAGCCAGCACUGCCUGCGUGUGAGGAGACUGGUGGGUCAGGACACGGAGACCUUCUCCCCAGCGCCCACAGACCCACUACGAGACCUGGUGUAUGAAGAGCUUGAGGUCUUCCCACUCAAUGUUUUCACCAUACAACUGUCCCGCCCUGACACAGCAGUAGACUUUGGCUUUGCUGUGACAGGCCAUGUAGACGGAGCCAGGAAGAGCCAUGUCUACUUGAGUGAGGUCAACCCAGGGGGACUGGCUUUCACUGAAGGUCUGAGAGCGGGGGAUGAGAUCUUGGUUGUGAAUGGGACCAGUGUGUCCCAUCUGGACCUGGGGCUGAUACACCUGAUGUUCAACCACCAGAUCCUCCACCUACUGCUCAGACGAGAGGAGCAAGUCCCUGGCGACCACACCUCUGUCUGGCCAGACUGUGACCCCUGGCAGCCAGGACCACCACCACCACCCAGCCACGGUGUCUGGCCUAUAGAUAUGCCACCGCCCCAGGAGCUUCUAGAGAGCUCCGUAGCUCUUCCCUUUGGGGAGGUGUCACAACAACCACGACCUGCAGAUGAGAUGGAGCAGCUCGGCCAGAAUGUGGAGACGGUGUGCUCGCUGUACCAGACCUUCCCAGAGGGCCGUGGGGCGGUGGUGGUCGAGGGCCAGAGAAACCCCUAUUCCAUGGAGCCCCUCGGGCCACAGGUCCAGAAGCCCCCCUGCCCCAGACACAUGUCUAUCUCUGAGAGGCUCUGUAAGGUCAUACAGGAACUGGUAGACACAGAGAAGUCCUACGUCAAGGACCUGGGCUGUCUGUUUGACAUUUACCUGACCCCUCUACAGAGCGAGACCUUCCUCAGCCAUGACGAGAUGGAGUCUCUGUUUGGCAGUCUACCUGAGAUGCUGGACUUCCAGAGAGUGUUCCUACACACCCUGGAGGAGCGCAUCGCCUCCUCGCCCAACUUCAGCUCUCUGGAGACCCCGGAACAGUUCAAGAAACUUCUCUUCUCGCUGGGCGGCUCCUUCCUCUACUAUGCCGACCACUUCAAGCUCUACAGCGGCUUCUGUGCCAACCACAUCAAAGUCCAGAAGGUUCUGGAACGAGCAAAGACGGACCGGGCUUUCAAGGAGUUCCUGGAAGCAAGGAACCCCACCAAGCAGCACUCUUCCACCCUGGAGUCGUACCUCAUUAAGCCAGUCCAGAGGGUGCUCAAGUACCCCCUGCUGCUCCGUGAGCUGGUCUCCCUCACUGACCCCGAAAGCGAGGAGCACAGCCACCUCACAGAGGCCCUGAGAGCCAUGGAGAAGGUGGCCAGCCACAUCAAUGAGAUGCAGAAGAUCUACGAGGACUACGGCACUGUUUUUGACCAACUGGUGGCAGAGCAAAGUGGCCCUGAGAAAGAGGUGACAGAGAUCUCCAUGGGGGAGUUCCUCAUCCACUCCUCUUUAAAGUGGCUCAACCCUCUCCCCUCCCUGUGUCGCAUGAGGAAAGACCCUGAACUGACAGUGUUCGUUUUCAAGAGAGCAGUGAUCCUGGUGUACCGUGAGAGCAGCAAGAUGAGGAAGAGGAUGACCACGUCACGCUCCGACCUGGACCCCUUCAAGUUCCGCUGGCUCAUCCCAGUGUCGGCAGUGCAGGUCCGCCCGGGGAACACAGCAGGAGCAGAGAACCCUUGUGUCUGGGAGCUGGUCCACACCAAAUCUCAGGUUGAGGGGAGACCAGAGACUGUAUUCCAGCUCUGCAGCAGUGGUUUGGAGAAUAAGGCCAGUGUGGUGAAAGCGCUUCGCUCCCUUCGAGACUGCACCCGGAGGCCUCUCCUACCAGAGAGGGGUUCUAGAGAGCACCUAGGCUCCCUCCGCAGGACCCAGCCUGCACCUGUCAGAGACGGCUCAAGGAGGAGAAGACAACAGCGCCAAUCAGAGGCCGGGAGGACUGCAGGCCACCAGCACCACUCAGACGACAGCAGUGUGUCCAGCGGUGGCCCCUACACUGGUCCAGGAGAAACCCACACGGAGCCCCAGCUCCCCAGCCGCUCCUCCACGGGCCUCCCCAGCCUGGAAGGCACCACACUGGGCAAGAGGGCCUGGCUGUGCUCCCUGACCAGCACCCUGGAAGCCCAGCUCCAGAGACUCAACUUCACAGAAGAGGCCGGGCCGAGGAGCACGGGGACCCAGCAGGAGCAUCUCAUACAGGGGGUCCCACAGCCCCACCCUGCUGUCCAGAAGAGGGUGAGCAGUCUGCAGGGGGGCCAGAGGACGCAGGAUAAUGACUCCCAGGGUGUGGACUUCAACGCCCUACUAGGGAGGGACUUCAGUGUGCAGAGCCUGAACUCUGUGGUCAACGAGGACUGCUUCUACGAUACGGUCAUGGGAAUUCAGAAGGCUGCCAUUCCAACGCUAUAGUGGCCUCGGGGAAACUUCACCCCAGAGAGCUGAUGAACACCUGCCUAGGAUCGUAUCACACUGACUACAUUAGAGCCUGGUCAAAGUUGCUAUGGACGAGAGGAUGAAUGUCUUUAAUGUGCUUACUCUGACUCUGCUGAGUAGGCUUUGACUGAAGAACUGAGCUCUGAUCAGUUACUUGACUUGACUGGAUCCUUUUAGCUCCUAGAAGAGCGAAGGCCUGAAGGUCCCACAGUUCCACACCGUCACAGUAAAUGGUUGCCCGUGGGACUCUCCGGUCUGUCCCUAUGUUUUUCCGCACUCUAUAAGCUAUAAACACAGUUGCCUACGUUCAAUAGCGUUCCUUUCACCUUCUUUUUCUUCUCUCGAAUUCAUCUGGUUUGUAAAUAUAAUGCAGUAUCUCAAUCGCGAGUAGCUUUCUAUUGUCAUGGCUUUUUUUGACAAAAGCAGUUGUUAGUUCAAGACUGGAAUUGCUUGAUAAAAAAACAUCUGAUAUGAGUAUUUUAUUUGAACCUGUUCCUAUUUAUAUGUAUCUCUAUAUUCUGUUGUUCACAUGUUAUUAAUAUCCACAGAAAAACUAGGAUUAAGUGUCACAUUUCUAUUUCAUUUAUCUUAUUAAGGUAAAGCAAAGUCCCUUUUCAAGCUCUUUCGUAUUUGAAGUGAUUUGAUGUAUCAACUUGAGGAAUUCAAGACCCUGGGACUACACGGUUCUCUCUGCACAAAGCUCAGUUCUGAGAUAAUUGAACGUCAACAUUUUCCUAUCCCAGAUCUCAGAACUGUUGUGUAGCGAAUUCUUCUUUCAUAUUUUAUAUAUAUAUAUACGCUAGUCUAUCACCUUGCGUACAAUCAUUUUUGAUUGACAACCCAGGAUUGUGUGAUUGGAUCGCAGAUAGAACCUUAUAGCACCGAGUUAAAAGGUGUUUGUGCAGAUAGUGCUUUCUGAUAGAGUUGUUUUUUUGUUUUUUUUCAGCGUAAAAUGACUUUAAACAAAAUCGGGACAUAUCUCACAUGUAAAGGACCACCUAAAGAGCAACUCCGUGUGAAUAACACAUUGUUUGACCAAAAUGUCAGGUGGGACUAUAAGGUUCAAAGGUCACAAAUUGUUGAAAUGUUUGUUAUCAUUAUUCCAAUUUAGCUGAAUUGUAAUUUAUUCUCUAAUAAUGAAUAUUAUUUUCAUAUACAUGACAUUGUACAGGUAAAGUUAAAUGAUGUAAUAUUUAAUAAAAAAAUACAUUUAAAAAACA